UCUCAAAUGAUUUAACGUUGAAUGUUACUGAAUAUUUUUAGCAACAUUUAUUUUGCUAAUUAGAAAAUAUUUGAACCAUUGAAAAAUGAGUAGAAAUCUCUGAAAAAAUAUUUUUCUGACACAAUGAAUAUAUUGAAACCCUUAUUUUUUUUUAAGCAGAACAGCGAACCUAUGCCCCGAAAGAAAGCAACCGGGAUAACACUAGGAUAGUAAUGAAGGCUUACUAUUUUGACAUAAUUAUAUAAUAUAGGGUACCUAAUCGAGAAAUAUAGAGUUAUUUUUAUGACGGCAAUCGAAAUUCUACUAACUUUGAAAUUAUAUCGGUUCUGGUUAAAUUGAAUUCUAUCGGUUCUUCCUAACGUAUCGAAUAAAAAUUCGUCUAACCUUCAAUUUGCCUAUCUACGAAAUAGUGGCGAAUAUUUGUUUGCAGUAUUGAACAUAAAAUAUGAUGUGCAUUCCAUAGUUCGUAAAGUAUUUGCUGUUAUCUACACAAACGUCGAUCUUAACUGAAAAGCUGAUAAAUGUUGUUUCUCUUCAACUAAAUUUAAACCAAUGACGCACAUCAAUGAAUAAACUCAACAAAAUCCAGAGAUCUUCGUGAAAAAUAGAUUUACUAUCGUUUAUAAACUACCUACCUACGUAACCGAUUUCAUGUUUUGUUAGCUCCUGUAUAUGUUUGUGUAAUUACGGUGAUUAACACAUAAACAUGAUGAUUCCAAGCAUGAAUACCUACUAUGUAUUUUAAAUGUAGGUAAUUUACAGUUACAAAAAGUCAGAAUGUUUAAGUAAAUUUCAGUAUUGCAAAAGUAAAAAACAUUCGACAUACAGCCGUGAAAUACAAUAGGGUCGCGUCGUUGCCGCAUCAAUCCGUCUUCACAUACCUUAGCUCGAAGCUUACAUAAUUAGAAAUUGCGGCAGGCCGCUGACUUAUCCACAUCGUAACUCGCAACAAGGUCGUCACAAACUCGAAAAUAGCUGAGCAAUGAGUAGACAUUAGUAAAAACGGCUGUUUUCAAGUUUCUCCUCGACACCAGUUAGAUUGGCGUGUGUCCAAGUCCACGGGCCAUUCGACACGAGCCAGCCACCGAGACGGCUAUUUGCGGCCCUGCUGCUAACUCUUGCGUACGUCACUGCUCUAUUUACGAGGCACGAGCACGCUAUUGUACUCAAUUAUGUCACCUGGACACAUCUCUCAAACACGUAUAUUGCCAAUCUCAAGACACGAGCACGACAUAAACUGCCAAAAUGUUUAAAAGUCAUUUAGAAAUGAUUGGCAGAAAUGAGACGCCAUCGAAGAAAGCCAGAUUUUGGCAAUCCUUCGUGCGAUCUCUUAAAGGAUCGGAAGACAUCAGAGCCGAGGAGAGAUACAGGCCCAGCCGCCGUAGCGUGUUCCCCGAGCUCUUGAGCACUAGCUACCCCUACACCAAGUCUAUCUACGACGACCCCGUUGCCGCCGCUGAGAGGAUCACCGUCCCCGGAUACCGUUACCUGCCCGUCCACCGUGAGGUUUACGGAUACUCCCCACGCCCCAUCUAUGCCCACAACUACGCGCGCUCCCUUGACUCGUACAGGCCAAUUUACCACGUACCAAGGCGCGUCCGACGAGGCGUCGACCCCUUCGAUGCCCACAAGGCGUGGCAGGACCACCUCGACAGACUGGCAGCUAUCGACAGGCUGUACCCCUCUCGCUACGGUCUCUACCUGAAGGACCGGGCAUACCCCAUCACCGACCUUAGCGCUCCCAUUUCCGCACCCCUGGAGCCCAAGAGCCUAAAGGGCAUCGAAUAUGAGCCCGACAGCAAGCCCCACUGGGGAACAGGAGCGUGGCCGGCGAGGAUAUCGGACCCGUUCAAAAACGACCCAUUUUUCUCUGAAGCCGAAAAAUGGGCAGGUUUUGACCGCUCGCUCCGAGGGAAGUCCCCGACGCCGGUGAAGCCGAGGAUAAGCCCACCGCGCGACUGCGAAGUCGCAUACGAUGCCGACGGUGCACCGCUGUACAACGCUGGUGGACUCCGAAGAAGGCCAUGGGCUGACAUUUUCAACCCCAGCCCCUCUCUACCAAUCUCGGCGAUCACUCGGGACCCCUUCUGGUACGACUGGCCGGAGCUGAAGCCCCUGGCUAGAUGGGACCGCAGCCCCUCCUACAUCCGUGACUCGUACCUGUCGCCAGUCAAACGCACCUUCCUUUGGGACAAACACCCGAUCAGGCCGUUAGCUGCUGCUUUCUAAGGGGCGGACAUCGAACCCACAUAUUAUAAGAACUUAAUUUAUAUUUUAUAAACUUUUUCUGUUAUACAUUGACUAUGUUAAAAACAAUUAUUUAACAAUAAAUUUUAAAGUGUAAGCUACAAAAUAAAUUACAAAAUAAUUAAAGUUUGAUCAGUGAUCACGCAAGAUCUCAAAGACUGCAAUAACAUAGUCACUGCCACGAAUAUGAACUUGUUACAAAAGUUUUGUUUUUAUUACCUAAAUAUUUUUAUUUAUUCCAUAAAUUAAAAAAAUCAAUAAAAUCUACAAAACGAA